AUGUCCCAGGGAGAGUACGAAUCUCUCCGCGACUUCAUAAAAAGGUUCAAGACCCAUAUGGCUAGAGUCAGCGGAAUAAGCGUCAAAGUAGCCGUAGACGCGCUCCGAAAGACGCUCUGGUACAAGUCGAAGUUCAGGAAGUUGAUAACUUUCGAUAAGCCGCGUACGAUCCAAGACUCGCUCCACAAAGCCACAGACUACAUAAUCAUCGAGGAAGAGAUGAAAGUCUUGUCGCAAAAACAGAGGCUGACGAAGACAUUGUCAAAGGAUCCUGGGUCGGAUCAGAAGUCUAAAAAGAAAAACCCUCGGAACGACAAAAACGUCCAUCACAAGGAAGAAGAGACCCAUGGAGCGCAUAACUACGCCAUCAACUCUGGAUCGGAGCAAGGCCAGACAACGGGCAAUACAUGGACCCGGAAUCUAAAUUACGACGAGAACUCCUUCUGCGACUUUCACCAGGCCCGCGGCCACUCGAGCGUAAACUGCAAAGUUCUCGGCGCUAGGUUGGCCGUGAAGAUGCCUGCGGGAGAACUCGCCGAGGUAUCUAGCGUAAAAGAUUUCGUCCGCGAUUCAGACCGCCCCCCAAGAAAUGAUAAGGCUCCUCAAACGGAGAACUCUCUCCAAGGGAACAAAUCGGGAGAAAAGCGUGGAAGAAGGCAGGACGAGAAGGGCAACGACAAUAGUCAUCGCAGAGUAAACAUGAUCAUCGGAGGAUCACAAUACUGCUGCGAUACCGUCUCCACUAUCAAAGCUUGUCAGCGCAAGGCAGAGACAAGCGCGGAUUCGCUAACCUGGUCCGUGCCCGACGACUUCCCGAAAGAAGCGAACACUUUCGAUGAAGAAGAGGCUGGCGGGAUCGACCAGCCCCACUGCGAUCCACUCGUGAUCGAUCUCGUGAUAAGAGAUCUCGAGGUCGCCAAUCUUCUCAUCGAUACGGACAGCACGGUCAAUAUAAUCUUCCGCGAUACUCUCAAGAGGAUGAAAGUCGAGUUAGGAUAA